CAAGGACAUUGUAAAUCAUGAAGUUCAGCGCUCUCCCUUCGAUUUUGGCUUUGGCCUCCUCUGUGCUCGCUGCCCCAGGAGCCGUGAAGCCGCUGUUGAAGCGUAACCCCAGUGGUUCCUUUAGCCUCGUUGCAUACGGCCUUGAGUCAAGCGCCGUUAAGAUUUUCUAUUCCGAUGGUAUCGCCUAUGCUGGCGACUCAUCGAAGUGGACCUACGGAUCUGUCACCACAGAUGUCACCUUCGUUAUCAAGGACACGGAAAUUACUACGACGGCCACCACUUCGGGUGUGACACUCGACUCCGAUACCCUGUUCUACAUCCGUCCCACUGCGGAUGAGGUCCUGCCCGUGGGCUUCACUGGCAAUGGUGUCACCGCGCCCUCUGAUGCCGUGACUACCGAUUUCAUCUUUUACGGUACCUACUUGAUGUGGGAGUACAGUGAUGGCUCUUUGUCGGACUCGUUCCGUGCCAAGGAAACGAAUGUGACCGGUGUCUACGAGCUCUACUACGACUUCUCGAACCUCUACCCGUCCGGAUAUGAGACCCCGGUUGUGAAGUCAUCUUCUUGAGGGUUCAGUUGAGGGAAAGCCUUGCCUGGCAUAAGCUUGUUGAGUGGUUGAUGGGCAAUUUUCCAGAUUGCAGCUUGAUCGAGAACGAAGGUUGAAAUUGCUCCCAUCUGAAGAUCUAUUUACUGCGAGAAUGAACUACACAUUACGAGCAAAUCGUCAUCUAUACGGCGAGACAAGAUUUAGUUUUUGCAUAAUAGCCAAAGUAGAGACAGAAAAUUCGGCAUUUAAGUGACAAGGACGCCUGUCCGACACUCGUUCUUCAUCAGCUCUUAUGAGUACGGUUUUCUCCUCCAGGUAACUCUGAAGGCUAAUAGUCCAGCCCUCGCAACCAAUACCGCUCGCUUAACAGACACUGACAGGCAUAUCUCGG